UGCUGAACGUCGUAUACUUUACUUCAUAAAAUGCAUAAACAAAUUUUGUUGAUUUCAAAUAUUUAUUGUAUUUUUUUGCUUUUUCCAUUGUGCUCCGCGUUAUACGAGCCCGUAUUGAACGGUAAUCGCUCAGCAGUAUUUAUCAAUCACAAUAUCAGCGAUGUGUUUUACGCGGAUAUCCCGGAAGGAUUUGUGAAAAUCGGUUAUAUGUUUCUUCAUAUCGAUCAGACGAAAAUCGUAAAUUGGUUUGGUGCCGUUGAAAAGUGCCGUCGAAUGAAAGGACAUCUCAUCAAUCUGCAAAGUCUUGACGAUUUGAAGAGUCUGCAAAAUCAUUUAGAUAAAUCCAUUGUGUACUGGACCGAUUUGAAUAAUCUCGUUAACACAGCAUAUUUCUAUUCAUUGACAACGGGAACAAAAGCUGAAUUACUCAAUGAACCAUCAAAGGGCAAGAGAUUAUCCUAUAUGUGCGGCAUAUUGCGUUUCAAUAAAGAAGAGGAAAAGUUCGAGUUGGUCGAAGAAAACUGCAACUCGAAGACAGGUCGACCCAUUUGCCAAACAACUCAUCCAACCACAAUAGAUGUUGUAAUAAUUGAUAAUUGA